AUGGAUCGAAUUACAUCGUCGUACGCAUUAAUACCUACAACUGAACUUGAUGGAAAUCCAAAUAUUGCUGAUCUUUGGCCAUCUCCUAAUGGAACUUACAUGCAACAAGUAACAAAUAAUAAUAAUAACAAUAAUAAUAAUAAUAAUACAAUUCAGCAAACAUUAUCAAAUAAUAAUUCAAUACAAUCAUCUCCUGGUCUUAGUUAUGCACGUCGUUAUGCAGCAUCAAAACCACCUUACUCUUAUAUUUCAUUAAUAACACAUGCUAUCAAUGGUUCACCCGAUCGUAUGUGUACAUUAUCACAAAUUUAUCAAUAUAUUCAAGAUCGUUAUGCAUACUAUCGACAAAAUCAACAACGCUGGCAAAAUUCUAUUCGACAUUCAUUAUCAUUUAAUGAUUGUUUCGUUAAAGUUCCACGUAGUACAGAACGUCCGGGUAAAGGUUCAUUUUGGGCAUUACAUCCUGAUAGUGGAAAUAUGUUUGAAAAUGGUUGUUAUUUACGACGACAGAAACGUUUUAAAAUAAGAGAUAAAACAAAAGAUCCAAAUAAAUCAAAAAUAACUAAUAAAGAUAAAAUGAGCAAUUUAAAUUUAAAUAAAUCUCAUUCAUCAUCAUCAUCAUCAACAAUAUCUGAAAAUACAAUAGGAAGACUUGAUUCACCUGGUUCAUCACCAAGACAAGCAACGGUAUCAGAAUCAUUAUCUGUACCAUUAACACAACAAUACUAUCAUCAGCAUCAUCAACAUUAUCCACAAGUUCCAUCACAAACAACAUAUUCUACUGAAUCAGUACCUAUUAUUAAAACAGAAUAUCAUCAUAAUCCAACAUCAUCAUCAUCAAUUUAUACACAUCAAACAUAUGAUACAAAUAAUAAUGGUUUACAAUAUUUAACUUCAGAACAUAAUCAACAAUAUUUUCAUACAAUUGAUCAAUCAGCAUCAGCAUCAUUUUUACAUCAAAUCGCACCACCACCACCAGGUACAUUUCGUAUUGAUAAUCUUAUAAAUGGUCAACCCGAUUUUAAAUCUUUCUAUUCAACAAUGACUGGUCAUGAAACAACAAGUAAUUAUUUGGAUACAACAAAUACCAAUAAUUAUUAUUUUAAUAAUACAAAUCCUUCAUCUUAA